AUGACAAAUGGUAAUCAAGAAAAGAAAGGUUCGACUCAAGUUGGUGAGGGAUCGAAUAAUAAGAAAGUUGAUAAGGAAACGAGAGAAGGUCAGAUAGCUCUAAUGUUUUUGAAAAACGAUUACGCUCAAGUCCUUGAACUUAUGAAUGGAGUCUGGAAAUUAGACUUAUUGACAGCCUAUUUAAGUAUUUUAUGCAUAAUUAUUGGGUAUGCUUUGUUACUUUUAAAGGAAUAUGUUGAAGCUUUAAAUUCUAUUGUAAGCCUUGUGCCUGCUAGUAGUUUUCUCAUUUCCGGAGGUGGUGUUAUUGCGGCUUUUAAAUCACUUGUUACUUCCAGUCCAGAUUCUGAUAUUGAGAAAGGUGGAGAAGAUUAUCUCCCCGAUGUCGAUCUUGCAGAAUCUGCUACUCUAAUUGUGGAAUCUAAAUUAAUAGAUAAAGUGUGUGCUAUGAUUCGACGACUCGCACUAAGGAAUCUAGAACUAAGAAGAUUGAAAAUGUUUCAAUCUCUUUGGUUGUUUGCUGGUUGUAUUGUUAUUUUUUUUAUUGCAGGAUAUGAUUUUUUGAAUUUUCUUGCUGAAAAAUCUAAUGGAACUAUUGUGGAUUGGGUCCUUAUUAUUAUUGGUAUUGUUGGCCUUCUAUUCUGUGCAUCUGUUAGUCUCGUGCUCGGCCUUGCAAAAGUACGUUUUA